AUGUGUUUUACGUCAGGCCGUUUCAUUCCAGGUUGCGCUGCUUAUCCAACAUUCACUCAAAAUCUCGAUAACAGAAUGGAAUUGAUUUUGGUCCUUACAACGCAGGCUGAACGACUGCACAAUGAAGAGAGCAAAGCUGAAGAAAAGGAAGUUUGUACGAUCUGGCAGGAAUUGAUCACUGAGCCAUUAGCACGGCAGCGUAGAGAAUUGACAAUGAACCAUCUCAGACCUUUGAUAGUCUUCGAAUUCUUGCCGACUAAUUCGCAGAAGAGUGGACCAUGCUUCCGAGUCCCUGGUACAAGCACCUAG